AUGUCUUAUUUAUUCGGAUCAUUGCUUUCUAUUUAUUCAUUAACAUUCGUCAGAGCCAUGCUGUAUCCAAGCUAUGUAACAUUCAACUGGCUCCUGUGUCUUUAUAUUUCAACACUGGAUGAAGCCAGACACCCAGUUAAAGUUCUGCUUAAAAAGCUUCUACUAACUCCAGUGUAUGUAACAUUAUUUAUCCUGUGUCUUCCACUGCUGCUUGUUUUCUUGCCAAUUCGGUGUUUUCUGGUAAACUACAGGCAGCCAUUUUUGUAUUCAGAGAAACAUACAUCUUUUACCAAGAGGCAAGCUGAGAUUAUCCGUGAUGUCCUGACAAGGGGAGAUUACAGGUUUGGCAUUGCGUCUGCAAAUUUGUGCCUAAUGCCAGAAUUAGCCUCGAAAAUGAAUAACCUCAUUAAUGUUGAUGGAAGAGCCGAAAAGAUAGGAGAUAGAAUAACAGUUAGCCAGUUUUUUAAUGACAGUUGGAGUAAAAUGGAACUGUGGUGGCGAAAGAAGCAUCAGAAUUGUGACAGUUUAUCUGAAAGAACAUAUUCCAAAGAAAAAGGUGUGAGGAGUUCAAACAUUCCGCCUGCUGAUCCAGUAGAAGUUAUAGGAGAUGUGACAACAUCAUUUCCGCUCCUUGAUUUUAUGGUAAUUCAAGAAGCAUGGUCCAGUUACCACAACAAGUUACUUAUAGACAGGCUGCACAAGAUGUUCCCUUAUAUUGUUCACGAUGUGGGAGUUCACUCAUUCAGGAACAAUAACUUUGUCCUUAACAGUGGUCUGCUCUUGGCAAGCAAACAUCCUAUUGCAGCUGUCAACUUUAAGCCCUAUAACAAUUUCAUUAAACAUGGAAAGAUUCUCUCUUUAGGACUUUUGAUGGUGAAGGUAAUUGUAGGCAGACCUAAGUCAAGCAACAGACGUGUAGGUUAUAUUUUCAACACCCAUUUACAGUCUUACCAAGGAAAAGAGCCAGUCAUUCCCAAGCAGCUGGAUGAAAUCUACGACUGGACAAAGGAAUUUGUGCAGAGAAACACAGAACUUGGAGAUAAAAUUCUUUUCGAGUUGCUUUGUGGAGACUUUAACUUUGACAACCUUUCACCUGCGGAUGCAGAGAGUACAAGACACAGAUUAUUCAAUGAAUAUGUUGAUGUAUGCAGACUCAGUCCAGGCUGUGAUAAACCAUGGACUGUAGGCACAGAGAUGAGACAGGACCAUAUGUUUGACAGUCUGGUCACCUCGCCCGAUGGACUAAAGUCUGCCUUGGAAGACCCAGCCCUGCGGCAGUGCCACAUCAUUGAUGGAGACAUCAUGGAGCACACCAAGGAGGCUUUGGCAUUUGGACAUAUCAGAAGGGAUGACCAGAAUAAUGUGGUCCUGUUUCCUGAGGGUGGUCGCAGGAGGAUUGACUACAUUAUUUAUCAUAAGUCGCAUCCUGUGAAUGUGGAAGCUUUUCAUUUUGUGACACAGCUGGCGUCUCUGACAGACCAUAUACCCGUUGCCAUGGAGUUCACUUGCCCUGGUGUGGAUUAG